CCUGCCGGGAGUGCGGCUCGGGGCGCGCCCCGGCCCUGCCGAGCUCUGUCGCUCGCUCUCCGUGCGGCCACGUGGAGGCCGCGGGUGCGGGUGGAAGGUGCCGGCCCUGCCCGCCCGGCAUGGGCGCUGUGGGGCGGGAGCGGCCUGCGGGAUCCGCCGAGGACCCCCGCAGGACUUGGCGGUAUUUGGGGGGCAGUACCGGGGCGGUGGAUGAUGAAGAAGCCACGCGAUUAAAUCUCGCAGGGUUUACGGUUGGGACUUAGCGUUAACAGCUGCGGAAAAAUCAGCCGGGCUGUAACCUGAACGUACCCUUAAAUAAGGGUAAGGGCGGAAGGGUCAGGAGGCUUUGUGGCUGUGCUGUACAGACACAGAAAUGAUGAGCGAAGAACAUUGAUUUUCUGUUCUCAACCAUCUCUGCUGUUUAUACUGCAUCCUUUGGAAAUACAUACUUCACGUUGAAGCUGCGGAAUAAAAUUGCUCUUUAAAAUCUCUUAUCUAUCUUUGUCGUUUUUGGGCCUCUCUGUAGAAGUGUUCAUGCCGGCUAGCUGUUAAAACUCUGAGCAAGAGUUGCCCGAGUAGAAGUACCUGGGGUUUCUAGCACUCCCUAAGUGUGUCUGUAAGUAGCAAUCAUGAUGUGUUUUUUUUAUUAAGGUAGGAUCUUGUACCGUAACACCAAGGGAGCCUGUGAUAACCUCGAGCCUGACACAGAACUGAGAAAUGCACACUGGAAGACCUGGUUAGUUUUCAGACGAGCGGAAGGAGUUGUCAUCUAGUUAACAAAAGUAAUUCCUGGCAUGUUCCAGCGGGAAACAGAGAUGAAGGUACACAUGCACACAAAAUUUUGCAUCAUUUGUUUGCUGACAUUUAUUUUUCAUCAGUGCAAUCAUUGCCAUGGAGAUGGACAUAACAAUGGUCCCAAAAAGGAUCGUGUACACGACCAUAAUGACUAUCAGAUCUCAAAUGAAUCAUACUUCCAGAAUGGAGGAACAGAAUCUAUGCCCAGUAAAUUUUCAACGUUGGAAGCAGAAAAUGAACAAAAAUACUACAUUGAAAAGAUUUUUGAUCGCUACGGUGAAAAUGGAAGAUUAUCCUUUUUUGGCCUGGAAAAACUGUUAAUAAGCCUUGGUUUGGGAGAGGUAAAAGUAGUGAUGAUAAAUCAUGAUGAUAUUGGCCAUGAUCAUGUUUCUCACUUGUAUGCUUUGGAAGUACAGGAGGGAAAGCAUUUUCAUCCUCAUAACCAUGCUCACAGCCACUCAGAUUCAGAAAACCAGACCACAGUUGGUGUGUCUGCAAAGAGAAAUCACAGAUGUGACGCUGAGAGAGACGCGGCGGUGCCCUCGGUGAAGGAGGACGGCAAACACGUUCAUAACCAAAGCCGCCGUCACCACCACCACCACCACUCGCGCCCUCACCGGCACGAGCACAACGGCACGCGCCACUCGCGCAACGAUUCCGUCAGUCACGGUGACCACGCGGAGCAGAGCCACGAGCCUUCCACAGAGACAAACACCACGCAGGAUCAGCCAGAACGGAAACAGCGGAAACAGAAGAAGAAGCAGAAGAAAAUCAGCGAGACGUCGGGCGACACUACGUGGGAUUAUGCCCCGGAGCACGAUCCCGGUGACCAGUACGAGCACAAUCGGGUUCACAAACACGACCACGUCCAUGACGCCUCUCACUUGCACGUGCACCACCACGAGCACAGCGGUGAGCGCUCUGCCAGCCACGGGCACCAGGAUGGCAGUGUGGGCAGUGCCGCCGGGCACCGCCACACCAGCAAGCGAGAGGCCUCGCACAAGCAGAUCAGCGUGAGGAAACACGCUCUUCCUGCAGCACGUGGUCACAAGGAUCAUAGCGAAGACGAGCACAAGCAUGAGGAGUGCUUGAACGCCACACAGCUGCUACGGUACUAUGGUUUGGAAGCCAGCUCUCUAAUAUCUCCUGAGCUCUUUGUGUACAUGUGCCCUGCUUUGCUCUACCAGAUUGAGAGAAGGCUUUGUAUUGUACAUUAUGAUGACCUGGAAGAUUUUACAAGAAAUAAAAAUGCAUCAAUUGAGAAUAAAGAUAAAACAGGUGCAUCAGCCUGGUUUUGUGGUAUCAUCUCUAUCACCGUCAUUAGCCUGCUUUCCUUGCUAGGUGUGAUCUUGGUUCCCAUCAUUAACCAAUGGUGCUUCAAAUUUCUUCUAACUUUCUUGGUAGCUCUGGCUGUAGGAACAAUGAGUGGAGAUGCACUGCUCCAUCUCUUGCCACAUUCCCACGGAGGCCACAACCACAGCCACCACCAUGGCCAAGGCCACGUGCACGAGCACAGGCGCUCCCACCGGCACGGCCACGCGCACGCGGCGCACACUGAGGGCUUUCUGGAGGAAAACGAUCCCGUGCUCAAAGGGCUCUUGGCACUUGGAGGCAUUUAUGUUCUCUUCAUCAUUGAGCAUUGUAUAAGAAUGUACAAACAUUACAAUAAACAAAAGAGUAAGCAGAAAUGGUGCAAAAAAAACCAGACUGAAGAAUCGCCAAUUGGAAGGAAACUUUCUGAUCACAAAUUAAAUAACAGACCAGAUGCUGACUGGCUUCAGCUGAAACCCCUUGCAGGAGCAGACGACUCGGUUUUGUCUGAAGAUCGACUGAAUGAAACUGAACUCACUGACUUGGAUGGGCAGCUGGAGCCCCCUGCCAAAAACUACCUGUCUGUAGAAGAGGAGAACAACUUGCACCACUCUCACAACGACGUCUCCCACGCCGCCCAAGAGCACGAGCUGCACGAUUCCGAGUAUGACAGCCAUGGCGAAGAUAAAAUGAUAGCUAGAAAACACAGUCACCACUGGCAUCACAAACAUUCCCAUCAUUCCCAUGGCCACUGUCAUUCUGGAAAAGACCUGAAAGAUACUGGGAUAGCUAAUAUUGCUUGGAUGGUAAUUAUGGGAGAUGGCAUUCACAACUUUAGUGAUGGCUUAGCAAUCGGUGCAGCUUUUAGUGCUGGACUGACAGGGGGAAUUAGUACAUCUAUAGCAGUAUUUUGUCACGAGCUUCCCCAUGAAUUAGGUGACUUUGCGGUGCUGCUGAAGGCAGGGAUGACGGUGAAGCAGGCCAUCGUGUACAACCUGCUGUCAGCCAUGAUGGCCUACAUCGGCAUGCUCAUCGGCACGGCCGUGGGGCAGUACGCCAACAACAUCACCCUCUGGAUCUUCGCCGUCACCGCCGGCAUGUUCCUCUACGUGGCCCUGGUCGACAUGCUUCCAGAAAUGCUUCAUGGAGAUGGAGAUAAUGAAGAGCAUGGUUAUUGUCCUGUGGGGCAGUUUAUUCUUCAGAACCUAGGCCUGCUUCUUGGAUUUGCCAUCAUGCUGGUGAUUGCCCUCUAUGAAGACAAAAUUGUGCUUGACAUCCAGUUUUGACCUGAUGCUGGUAAUCACUGUGGUUCCAAUCUGUUGCUGUCUGGCUUUGAGUCUGCACUGUGUGGCUGUGUGCACACUGCUCAGAGGACACGUGGUGCUUGCACUGCUUACACAAGGACAGGAGAUUCCUUUCUGCCUAGAGUAGCUUCUGCUUUUCUAUAAUCCCAUCAGAUGACCCAACACAACUCCUAAACUCGAGUAAGCGAUGUUUAGGAAGCCCUAAAUCUGAGAAAUAAGGGCCAAGGUGCUGUAUAGAGAGCACUGAUUGCUUAAGGAAGAAAAAAUACGGGGAAAUAUCUUUUCAUUUGGGAAGAUACCAUUCCAUUAGUGCACUUGGACAGAACCCAGAUGUUACAGCUGAAACUCACACCUGUGCAAGGAACCCAGGGAAACUUCUAGUGCCACAUGAGUCUGGAGUAGCGCAUAGCUGUCUCUUAUGUAUAUGCAUAUAUAUUAUGUAUAGAUCUAUAUAGAUAUAGGCAGAGGUGCACACAUAUACAUGUGUGUGUGCCCCUCUGUGUAUAUAUAUAUUUAUCCUGUGCUGAUUUUUCUGCAUAGUGCUGACUUGAAGUAUUCAGUCUUACAGCAGGACAUGACUGGAAACCACUGUGCUGGCUUAAAUUUUUAAAAAGAAACCCCAAGCCUAAACACUGUUUAAGUUCUUCCAAGCUGUGUUAAGCUGCACUCCAUCAUUGCCAAGCUCCUGUGUAAGAAGGCAGGCUGUUGCCAUGUACUCUGCAAAGUGUAACUUCUGUCGAGGGUCAGUUUGAUGAUGUUUUUUCCCCAGCUGAGAUUUAUUUGAUGUUUGUUCCUUGAUAUUAGUAGGAAAAUGCCAAAUGCAGUAGAAUUAGUGUUAGCUUGGGGAAGUCCCUGUCCUUGGAGUUAUUGAGCUGUUUCUGGUUCUUUCUUACAGACGCUAAACAUGUAUUGUGUGCCACUUGCAGCAUAAACUACUGAAGAAUUGUGGCUGUGAAUUUGUGCAAACACUUUUAACAAGAGAAUCCAUGUGGGAAUUUCUCCAUUUUUUUAAAUGAUUAUUUUGGACUGUAUUCUUCUCUUCAUGUUAAACCAAGGUGCAAGAUGCUAGUUCCUGAAGCUGGACACAAGGGUUAAAUUAUGAUCUGUGUAUGUUGUACUGGUAGGGUAUUUACGAUACUGUAACAGCGCAUCAAAUCUGUUCCUACAAUGCCUUGAUAUCAGACAUUGUGACACCAGCCAUUUCUGGCAGUAAAGAAUAUGUAAGAAGAUUUCUACUUCCAGUAUAAAGGAGUUAAUUUCUAUGAUAUUUUUUUACAAUUUUGGUAUUUAAAUUAGAUUAUUAAAAAGCAGAUGUGGUAGAACCAUGGUAUGUGUCAUUUAGAAGAAUAGACUGAAAAUUUGGGCCUUAACUUGCUGGGACCAGCUGUCCUAGAUCAGAUUGUGCUGACAGGCAUUUAUUGCCAGACAUGAGUUAGUUCUUCUUGUACCCAUCUCCUUAAAAAAAAUAAAUUGUGAGUUUGUGGGGAGUGCAAGUUGAUUCUGUAGUACCAGUCCUAAGCAUGGUAGUAGCCUUUUUUUAAAACAUCCAGUUUGUCUCUCUUCUGUGUAUGCCAGGUAAAAGCUGUACUUUGACUAUGUGCCGUAAGUUCUAAAGUCCCGGUCUGCUUGGUGCCAGUGUAGCUGCUAAAAACACUAAUCCUAACGCCUUUAAUGAGAGCCAGUGGGUAUCUGCAUUCCAUUUCAAGUUCCUGUGUUUCCUGUGGCCCUUUACUUCAGAAGCUUCAUUGGUCAGUUUAGCUUUUACUGAGAGCAGCUCAUGUAU